ACUAAUUUGAAGGUGGAGGAUUUGUUGUAAAUUUUCAGAAAGUUUUACUUUGGAAACUUGAAUGCAUACUCUUUAUCUGCUCCCUCUGAUCUCAUUUCAAAGGUGAGAGGCACAUUUUUUUGCAGGGGAUGCUGCUGGUGUGAAUGGGCUGAUCCAGUGAUCGCAGGUAUAGUGGCUGGAGGAGGGAGCAAGGGCCGCACAGAGCGGAGAAGUUCCCAGCUGCCCGGGACUGUUUUGUUGUGUAAAACCUUUGUUUAAAUUGUGAAUCAGCACUGGCGGAAGUAUGUGUAUGGAGUGAAAGCCCUGCAGUUUUUUCUUUUCGUGAUUUCAUCCAUCAGCAGCAUCGUGCGCGUCGGUGCGCCUGCCUGACCCACAGUCGCCUCAUCUCUGUCGGAUCAUGUGGAUUAUUUUGGCGUUUAUUCUGACAGCGACGGGUGCUGAUGGGAGCUGGGGAUGUCAGCUGCCCCACGACUGGAGACCGCAGACAGAAGCGUGCCGUGCCGAGCUGGCGCAGAUCAUAGUCUAUGCCAAGGUGUUGGCGCUGCACAAGGAGUCUUACAAUGUGUACAACUACCUACCGUCCGACAGCGACCUGCUUUUCUCCGCCGAGAUUGAGCUGCUGUGUGACCAGGCGUGGGGCAGCAUGCUGGAGGUCCCUGCUGGCUCCAGGUUCAAUGUCACCGGCCUGGGCUACUUCACCUGCUUCUCCUACAGUGUCCUCAAAAACAACAAUUACUACUUCUUUCUAAGGAUGGACGAGAACUAUAAUAUUAUACCCCAUGGAGUGAACUUCCAGGACCCCAUCUUCCCGGACACUGCAGAGAACCACCGCAUAUUUGCCAGCCUCUUCCAGUUUGCCAACUGCACGACUGGGACCCAGGUCCACAGCUACACCCCGGAGUGGGAGGCUCAGGAGGACAGCCGGUUGUUGUGCUCUGCGGUGCAGAAGGCCCUUUUUGAGGAGGAGGAGAGGGCCUGGGUUCUCUCCCAGAAGGUGCGCUCCUUGGAGAAAGCCAACGACCACCUGAGGGAAAAAGUGAAGACCAUGAAACGUCUGCUGCGCCAGGCCCAACGCGAAACAACGAAAGAGCAGCAGACCCUCAACCACAAACAGCUCUACGAGUCAAAGGCGCCCCAAGCUCACCCCGAUCAGGACACGACUCAGGAUCAGAGGAAGCAGCCGCUAAAAAAGGUCCUGUCCAGGACACUAAAAAACUAGAGUGGAGAUCAAAUUAGGGUAACACGGUGGACUUUAACUUUUACUUCAUUGCAUUCUCCAUGUCUUCAACUUCAUUAAUAAGCUUAUUUUAAAACCAAAUUUGGCCCUUUUGUUGGUCCAGUUUAAUCUUAAUGGUAAAAUUGACCUGUGCCAUUGAGACUGUCACCUACAAAGAGACCAUUCAUGCUAUUUACACCCCUAUCCCUAUACUUCUAAGUACUGUGUGUGUGUGUGUGUGUGUGUGUGUGUGUGUGUGUGUGUGUGUAUGUUGGGAGGGCAGGGCUCACUUGACCUACUUUGUGUCCCCAGAUGAACUAAAGUGAAGGAUUAACGCCCUCUGAGAUAAAGGAUUCAAAUGGUUUCACAGGAGUAAAAGAUCUUUGUCUAAAUCUCCUCAACUCUUAUUUCACCCCAUUAAUCCAAUAUGAUUGUUCUCUCCGAAUAACUGUGGGUUAACAUCCCAACUUUUACUUUUGUCUUUUAUUAGUUUAAUUCAGUGGCAGCACAAACAUUUUCCAAACAUCAGACAGAGCUCUCAGCGGGCGGAUGCACUGUUGAACAAUAUGUGGACAAUGUCAAAGCAUUAAAAAAAAUGGAUUAUCUUGUUUCUUCCUGUGCUGGACACAUUAUGCAUUGUAUAGAUAUUAGACAUUGUUUCUUACUUCAGAAAUGCUAUCAUCAAAAUCAAUCUGUCUUUUGGGCCUCGGCUCUUGGACGGGGUGAUGAACAUGUCUUGUCUUUUUUGUAAUGUCCUGACUGUGUAUAUGAGCGCAUAGUUACAGAGGAGCAGCUGUGCCAAAGUUUAAAAAGCCGCAAGGCCUAACAUUACGUCAUCAUUCUUUUCUACCGCUGCCUGCUUUUCAUUUACUUGCAUCUAUUUAUACCAAAGAAACUAUCCUAAAGUGUAUGAUUCUUUAAAUUCAGUGAAUUGUUUCCCAAGAGUGCCUUUUCCCCCCAAAGCUCUUCCUUUAUGCAAGUCUGUUCAUACACGUUGCACUGAAUGAAAGUGUAAGUUUUUUAUUUGAAAACAGGGUGCUGAGCACUCAUUAAGGAAUACUUCACCAACAAAACUAUCAUUGGUAUAUCAGUUACUCACUUUUACUUUGAAUUCAUAAAGAAAACUCACAUGCCUCCAGGGUCAAUAAAGAAUCCAAAAACGGAGAACGUUUUUAAUGAACUGAAGUCAACAGGGGCCGUGUUUAACAGCAAAGCUAUAUCCAUCCAUCCAUUUUCAUUCGCUUAUCCGGGGCAGGGUUGCGGGGGCAGUAAGCCAAGCAAAGCACCCCAGACGUCCCUCUUCCCAGCAACAUUUUCCAGGUCUUCCUGGGGGACCCGAGGCAUUC